AGAGAUACAUAAUAUUUUAACUUAAUACAGACCAUAAACAUGAUAAAUCACAGGUAUAUAACAUCUGGAUUUAGACAUUUAGAGAUCCCCCAAAAAAAUCCCAAACAGCAAACAGACAGGAGAGAUGGAUGGAUGGGUGAACAGGGGGUGGAUGCAGGGCUGUGGAUGUAUCUGUGACCCAACAUUUGAUAGGAAGGUAUCCUGUAUGUAAAGCUGUCUGUAAAGCUGUGAGGUCCACCUUAAUCAAAAUCCCAGCUCCGUCACCGGUAUUGCCACCACCACCGGCCUGCUCCCCGCUUGCAUCAUCCUCCCUCCUCACUUCCCCUCCGUUACCUUGACAACCGCUACCCGCUCGCGCGUCAGAGAAGGAGGAUGAGCUUGGAAGCGAGGUAACGACAAACUGAACAGUGCAGGUGCAGCAGUACGUACAGUAAUGUGUGCUUUCAGUUACUGUUAAAACAUGUCAACAACAUAAAAUAGCCCUUCUUCGGAAACCUUCCCUAAAUUAUAACGUGAAGAGCAUGAGUCAGAACGGCUUAAAUAAAACAGGAAACGAGAGAGAUCUAGGAGAGAAGCGGUCCUUUCAGCCAUACCGCGGGCAGGAAAGUUAAUCAAGACCAGAUGUGCAGUGAUUCGCAGACAUGUCGAACGACAAGAACCCCCUGAACAAGUUGAGGGAUCUAGCGGAUCUUAAGGACCAGCUGGAGGACAUCCAGAGACGGGUGGAGGAUGAGGUGCAGGCUGGGGUACCACAGGGCGGCAGUGUGCUGGCGUCCCCCUUCCUGAAGGGCUUCCUGGCCGGCUACAUUGUAGCCAGGCUACGUUCCUCUGCCGUGCUGGGCGUCGCCAUAGGAACUUGCACCGGCAUCUUCGCCGCCCAGAACUUUGAGGUGCCGAACAUAGAGCAGACUCUGAAGGAAUACGCCAGCAUGCUGAGAGGACCGAAGUGAGACCAAGCAGGCGGAGACAGGAGAUGCUGCAUCUUCUCCUCCUAGGAGGAGGAACUGUGUGUCAUUGAACCAUCUUGACCUUCUCUGGAAUCUCUGAACCAGGAACUCCCGCCUCCACUCCCUGCCCAACCCCCCAAUCCCUCCGACUCUAAGCUUGCACUUGUUGGGUUUGAACUGUAAGAGAAGGUGAUUUGUAUUGUUGGGUGGAAUGUCUCUUUAAAGAGAGCUGUGAGGUGAGUGUGCCUGGCUGGUUAAUGUAUCGCUUCAUUCAUCUGUGCAAUCAUUUCUCUCUCUCUGUGCAAUAGCCUCUGGGCUUGUCUGUCGCUUGUUUUGUAUAUCAACUGGACAUUAUGUUGUUGUCAUUGUUGUUUUGGGAAAGCGGGAUGUUUGGGAAGGAAGCAUUUUUAUUUUAAACAUUUUAUGCAUCCAAACAGUGUCUCAUCUCCACAUCACCUGGCUAGCUAGCAAUAAUAACUAUACAUUAUAACAUUAAAGCUGCAUCACUAUUUCCAUAUACCCUACCCAGCAAUGAUAUUUCCCUCCUCCCCCUCCCCGCUAGCAGUGGUAGAGGCUGUGUGUGAUGUCAGAGGGGGUGGGGGAGCGAUGCUGAGAGGCCCUCUUCGUCUAUGAUGUCACACACAAGUCUAAGCCAGUGGGGGUAUACGUUAUUACAGUGGCAUCUGGUGGCCAAAGCACGCUACUGCAGCUAUAUUUUAUACAUAAUAUUUAAUCCAUUUAGCAGAUGCUUUGAUCCAAAAAGCGAUGCACAAAUAGUGCACCUAGAAAAUCAAGGGUCAGAAGUGCAUAGUUCUAAUAGUAUUUUGGUUAUCAGAGUCAAGGAACAAAGAAAAACAACAGUUAGUCUACAGUUCCUGGCCAUGUGGCCUAGGUGAGAGUGCAAACUUGAAUACAGAUGAGUCAGUUUUCAAUUGAGACCUACAGAAUAAAAUCAUUGUCAUGAUCUUGAAUCUUCUUCUUCUGUCAGGAAGUAGCUGUUCCAUUAGAGGAAGUGUCUGGUCCUGCAUAUUUGCAUGCUCUAUCAAUUACUGUACGACUGAAACUUUGUCUGAUUUGUUGUCAGACUCAGUCUCUUUCUCAGUUUCUUUAUAUUAUAUUGGAAGAGGUGUUUUUGUUUGUUUUGGUACUCAGACUGUAUUAAACUUGAAUUCUAUCAAGGUUCUUGAAUAAAGUGUUUUGAACACA